AAGGGGAUCUCCAACUGCAACCUUAACAUUUGAUUUUGCUUUAGAAGGGGGGUGGCAAUGGCAUCAGCUUUUCCCACUAACAAGGGAGUCUGUAAAGCUAUGACAUGUGGAUAGUCCACAACCCCUCAUUUAAAAGCAUCGGCUCACCUUGUUCCUCCAGUCCUAAGCACAUUAUUUCCACUAGGAUUUCACCUUUCGUUAUUAUAGAUUUCCUAAUGCUCUUGGCCUUGACAAAAGUAGCUGCUUUUGGCCCCAAUCUCAUGAUGCUCCCAUUUUCCUACCAACCAUAGAAUAAGAAUUAGGAAAGAAUAAAUAGUUGUCAAAAUGUACUUAUCUUCCUUUUGAACAUAAUUUUCUUUUUCUUUUUGAUAUGAGAAUGGGGGAAUCGUAAAUUUAAGCUAUGAUGGUCACCUCCUUUCUAGUGAAUAGACACAACACAGUUAUGACACAGUGACAGUUUGAAAAUAACAAAACUACAAAUUUCACCGAGAAUAAUCUCUCCUCCCAGUCUCAAUUGUGAGGCUUGAGCACGAGAACGUGCCAGCCAAUAGAACAAACAGAACCCCCAGCGUCAAAUUCAGCAUAAUUAAAGCAACACAAAAGGCAAAGCUUUCCAUAAUAGUCCAAAACUCCUCACUCUGAAACCUUGCCGGGGGACUUCAACAACUUUCUUGUUCUCUCUUUGAUAAGCAAAUCUGCAUUCUUAGUUUCUUUGAUUUCAUGCAAGGAGAUUAGCAAGGCGAAGAAUGUUGUGCCAGUGUUGGGUAUGGUGGGAUCACAUGCAUCAUCAUUGAUCGUACAUCCGUUGUUGUAUUGGACUUUUUUGGAUUGAUUUAGAUGACAAAUUCGGUGCUAAGAUGAGCGAGAGAAUUUUCCCAGAUAUCAAAGAAGAAGAAGAAGAAGAAGGUUCGAUGCAACAAGGCCAUGAAUGAGGUACCUGGCUCUGUGGGCACUAGUGCUGGCUUUUCUCUGAGAUUGGCACAGACCCUUUUUUCUUCCGCUUCUCUUCUCUUCAUGUCUUUGGGAGUUGAGUUCUACAGCUACACUGCUUUCUGCUAUUUGGUAACAAUCAUGGGCUUGGUCAUUCCAUGGAGUUUCACUUUGGCGUUGGUUGAUGGGUACUCUGUUCUGGUCAAAUGCCCUGUUCGUCAGCCUGGAAUAUUGCUCAUAAUUGCUGCGGGAGACUGGGUGUUAUCAGUUCUCACACUAGCCGCAGCAUGCUCCACGGCUAGCGUUGUGGAUCUCCUCCACUCUGGCGGGCCCUAUUGCCCGCCAAAGUGUUGCAGUAGAUAUCAACUGUCUGCCGCCAUGGCUUUUCUCACUUGGUUUCUGUCUUUGGCUUCGACUCUUCUCAAUCUCUGGGUGCUUCCCUCCUUAUAAUUCUCGGUUGGGGUAUUUGUUGUCUAACAGUUUGCAGCAUUUCAGUUUUGCACCCAAUGCUUCUAUGGACUUGAGCUGAUCCUUUCAUGGGGUUGGUUGUGCGGUUGUGAUGGAAAAACUGAAAAAGUUUAGCUAGAUUAUCUGAAUUUUGGACCAUAAAGAGACGUGCUCAAGGGUUUGGCUUUUCCAUCAUGUGCAGGGAUGCUCUAAUUUUCCCAGCAUUACAGCUCAGAUGUCCUGCUGCUGCAAUGCCUCUUAUAUUGCUGGAGACAACAGACAGAUGAGAUAAAAGAUAGCUUACAACCAUGUAAUUUUCGAAACUGUAUUCGCAUAAUUCCAAUGAAGCUUUAACUGAGAAAUGAAAGAAAAACCUCGUAUUCAGUUUGGCAAA